AUGUUGAAGCUACUCCUAGCCUCAUUUCUUGUGGCCCAACACUCGGUUCAAGCAGAGCCGGGAAUAUUCUACAAUCCCCCAGCUAAGGGGGUCAUACAUGUCUACAAGGACAAUCCAGUCUACGAGCUUGAGCAAGUUGUUCAGUUAAGAUGGGCGACCACUUUAGAAAGCAUCUCCAUAUUGUUAAGGCAAGGCGAUAAUUCUUAUUUUGAACGGCUUCAAACAAAUCUAUCAGAUGUCACAACAUUUAACUCGAUCGUAUCGACCCAGCGAAGCCUAGAGGGCGGUAAUGUUUUCUUCUUCCAGAUCCAAGACGCCGAUGAGCCGGAGAACCCGGGCUUCUUUGCUAGUCAUUACUUCAACAUCACCAAAAGGGCAAAAGAUUUGACAACAACAACGACAACUCUGUCAUCAUCAUUGUCGUCGUCGUCCACAACGACAUCAGGUAGCUCAACACCGAGACCAUCUAGCGAGGCAUUGACAGCAACAAGUAUGACCUUGACGCCAGCUAACGCGGCACCGACAACUCCAACGUCAAUAAUUACAUCAAGCGACGCGCUUACCACUUCGUUAAUCUCUACCACAUCACUCAUUACAUCCUUCCAUUCGAAUAACAACGGCGCAAUAUCACCACAAGCAAAAGCGGGACUUGGUGUUGGUGUCGGACUCGGAUGUACAUUCCUAUUGACCCUUGCGAGUGUUAUCUUGUAUUUCAACCUGCGAACGAGGCUCCCUCAAGCUGACAGGGCUCAGAACUACCUCUCGGGAAGUACUGUGGUUACGGAUAAAUCAUACAUCUGCAAACCUCGGUCGGCCCGUCUAGUCGAAGUUCCUGGACGUCAACUUGAACAUCAUGAGCUGGCAUCGUGA